AUGAAGGGAACAGCCACCGUCGCGGCCUUGGGCCUCUCUGGCCUGGCCUCGGCCGCCAUCUGCAACAACAACUGCGGCCGCCAAGUUGCGGGAACGGCUGCCGGCAAGGUGCCACUCGAGACUCGCCGGGCCAUGUGCUCGUCGUUUCUGGCCACGACGACGACGGUCACUCCUCCUGUUGCCACGCAGACUCCUCCGGUUGUGUACAACCGCAACGUGCACAACCGCGCAGCGGCCUCGCCCACUGUGACUGGCGAUGUCCCGGCUUACGCGACCAUGUGCUCGAGCAACGUCGACUACUGGUCCGCGUGCCAGUGCUUUGGCAUCGCGCCCACGACCAUUACCGUCACGGCCCCGACACCCACCACUACGCUCGCCACGCCCACCUGCACGCAGGGCGUUGAGUACGCCCUGUGGGUGUUUGACGCCGACUCUCCGCAGGCCGAGGAGCUGGGUAUCGCCUGGCAGUACUUCCCCGCGGUGAACCGCAACAGUCUCGUCGCAGGCGUCACCCCUGUCCAGAGCGGCGUCGUCGCGCAGGUCGGCUUCCCGCAGUGGAUGGACUACAACAACCCGCUGCGGUUCGACGGCAUCUCUGGGCCCGCGGGCACGGGUAUGGAGUACAACGUGCUCGAGCACCGCGGGUACCUGGUCCCGUCCGCGGCCGGCACGUACGCGUUCCAGUUCAGCUCGGUCGACGACGUCGCGGCCGUCUGGGUCGGCGCCCACGCCAAGAGCGACAUCACCACGAGCCAGUCGGUGCUCAACGGCACGCUGGGAGACUUUAACCCUCCCCUGCGGUACGCCCACACUGUCGCGUCGGCGGACGUGGGCAAGCCCGUGCCGUUCCGCGUCUUUUGGGCCAACGCCGGGGGUCCCGCCGGCCACCUGUGGAACGUGGUUGACCCCAGCGGCGCGGAGGUUUUGGGCUAUGGCACGCAAAAGAAUAAGCAGAUUAUUGCGAGCUGCUCGGGUGCUGGCACGGACGCGCCUGCGUGGCCCGCGUGGACGAGCGAGUCUUAG